GUUGGCUAACCUUUUCAGCGACUUUCAUCUUCAUCGUUAAUUUUUUAAGCAAUUUGAGGCUUUGUUUGUAUUUGUCCCCUCUAUGUUGUUCCAGCCUCAGAACAUCAGUUCUCUUAAAGGGAUAGUCGCAUCCGGAAGCGUGUUCCGGAACUAUUAUGGUCAUGUUCCCUGUCGUUCAUAAUGUACGCCGGCAAAUUUUCUCCGCACAAAUCCACUUGGUUGACUCAGAAACGAUUUUUAAAUGUUCGCGCUUCCGGCGCGCACGGCAAUCCCCGCAAGGCGCCGACACUGGAUGACGUCACCCGGAUAAACCAACCAUCAGGAGGCGCUCCUUCCCGCCGCAGAUUCUGUGUGUGUCUGUGCGUGCGGCUGCCCCUUUUUCUUGUUGUCUUGUCGCGUUUGCUUUGAAGUACUUUGAACCAUAGCGUGUGGCCUAGGAUUUCACGCCGUUGACGUGCGAUGUCACAGCCAGGAAACCGGUGCUACGUGCUCAGGUGCAGAAAGACUUAUAACGCGAAUCCCGAGCUUACAUUUCAACGACCUCGCAAUGGCGAAACGAAACGAAAGUGGGUGGCAGCGAUCGCCAGCCACUACUGUGGUGUGGCCCAAGGAUUGAAUGUUUCACGCGUCUGUUCCUGUCAUUUCGCCGACGACGCCUAUUUUGAUGAAGAUGUAUUGCAAGUUCGGCUUGGGCUACGGCAGAAACAGAAGCGGCUGAAGAUUGACGCCGUGCCUACCACCCCUACCACAUUCGAUCAGGAACAAGGGCAGGAACCAGUAACGGAGGCGGCCGCAAGCACGUCAACGGAAUCAACUGGAUUUGAUGUGGAGGUCAUGGCUGAAGCAAGUGCUGGGGACCCACUUCACGGCGCAUCUCACAAGGGGGUUGUCAUCCCCUGAUUCCAGGAAGAGGAAAACAAUGGACACAGACUUGCAUAGCAUAUUAGUACACCAGAUAUGGAUCUGCCAACAUGAACCCUCCAAACAUCCCUGUGGCAGCGUACCUGUAACCGCCCAGACUUCACACCACAUUAAUGUAGAACCACGGCACAACAUAAUAAACCUAUGCUAUUUCGUUAUUCCCACUCCGUCAUACUCCACUGUACAAUAAAUCGAUACAAUUAUAGGGUCAUUCUUUAUUCCCGUCCCUACACCGCAUUGAAAAUCUGCACAGAAUUCAAAAUAUUCCCACCUCGGCACUAGCUUAGUGCAGUACAGUCUGGAUUUGAUGCCAGGGCUAAUACUGCCACGUGUAGUAGUUUUUGCUGUACAGACGGGUCGACAGUCUGUUGACUGCAACUGGAGAUACAGAGUGACAAGACAAAACAUCCUCCACACUGCAAUGACGAAAAGACGAAGAUUGCUGUAAGACGAAAAUUUU